AUGUUUGCUGGUGCCAUGCCAUCACCGAGUAAUCAGCAGAAAUGUGUUGGAAAAUCACCCGUCAGUGACUUCACAAAAACACCACAGUCAGACAGACAAUCUACAACUUUUCCAGAGACAUGGGGAAAUGUAGAUGCAAGUUCAGCUGAGAAAGUCAGAGGCCUGCCUGAUGUAGUUGUUCCUGAGGAAACAGGCAGCAGCACGUGGAAGUACCUGGCAGAACGGCGGCAAAAGCGUCACGAUGCAGCAGUGACCGAGAUGCAGCAGGAGCUGGACUGCAUUGGCAGGGAGAUGGAAGCCUCUGUUUUGAAUCUUCAAGAAUCCCUUCAGCUUGAAGUGAUGAAAUCAGAUGAAAAGAGUAAACUUCUACUUGAAAAGAUUGCAUCUGACAUGGCUUUGGAAGGUUUCUCAUUUGAAGGUUUGAAAGAACUCUGGAAUAUGAUCCACCAGGAGUCCUCAAACAGAAGGAAGUGGAUUAGGGCAGUGGACAAAUCCCUGAAGGAGAUUGAAAGGAGUCGAGCCAUGAAAAUAGCAGAUGUACUGACCAAGUAUACUCUGAAACUGGAGGAAAUUGCCUUCUUCUUGGCAGCUGAUGUUCACAAGCUCAUUAACAAUAAGGCCAUGAAUAUAAACAGAGCACUGCUGGGUAAUGAGAGGGCAACUGCCAAGCUGCUCUUUAAUUUAAUGAAAUCAGAGCUUGAGAAAGAAAAAUUGCAUCAACUGAAAUGGCAAGAGAGAGUCAGGGACUGGAAGCUCAUCCAAAAGAACUGUGUAGUUCAGAGUUUCAGAGAAUUUAUAGCAAAUGAAGAAAUACAGAAUCCCCAAGCUGUGAAAAUGGAAAUGGAAAAUAUGAUAAAGGAGCAGAUUGUACUCAGUGAACAGAGACUGAGGGUUUUGCAGCACAUUAGACAAGGAGCAUUUUUGGGUGCAAUGCAUUACAGGGAGUUUAUUUACAGUGGAUGUAGGAGCAAGAAUGAUUUUAAGGAGAUGGCUAAAUGGCAUGAGCAGCACUGUCAAGGCUUGUACAGCUAUGUUCAGGAGGCCAUGGGUCUCUGGGAUGUCCAUCUGUCCAAACUGUCCCUGCAGGAAGAUGUACUUCAGAAGAAAGUAGAUAAAUACAGAUUGCAAAAGGAUAAAAUAAUACAGGUGAUGAAAGAUGAUCUGGAUACAAUUCUGGAAAAAAUGAAAAUGGCCAGCUGUGAAGAAGAGCUGGAGCAAUAUUUGAAGAAUGCCCUUUCUUCUUUAGAUCAAAUUAGAACUAGGUAUGAAUUUUUUAUUGAGAUUGCAAUGAAUGAAAUAAUGGCUUAUCCAAAAGCUAUUUUGAGGGAGUUGAUUUCUUACAGUAUAUCCAUCAGCCAGCAUUUUAGUGUAAAGGAAAUCUUCAAACAGAACUUGCAAGGCACAACAGACUCCAGAGUUCAAGAUCAAGAUAAUAUUGAGGCUUCAGAAGGUGAACAUAUGGUAGAGCAGCAAGCUGAGAGCAUCAAGGAAGGAGAGGAAAAUCACAGACUGGUGCCAGAAGAUAGGGACAGUUGUCAGAAAUCAGCUGGAGAAACAAACCUAACACAGAAACAGGUGAUCUUGGCACAGGAAAUUGAAGAAACAGAGGAAGAAGAAGAAGAAGAGGAGAGUAUUCCUCAUAAAAGUGAAGAAAAUGAGCAUGCAGAACAGGGACUAAGCAUUACACAGAGCAGCGAGGGAGAAAGUGCUGAAAUUGUCACAGAGGUUUUUUCCACUGCUAGUGGAAACACUUACACUGUUCUUGGAGUUGAAGAGGCAGGAAAGACUGACAUCACAGAGAGUGAUUUUAUAAAAUAUGAAAAAGAAGGAUCACUUCCUAUGUACCUGAAAUAUGUACUUCUCACAGAAGCCACGUUUGUUGAACUGAAAAAAAGGAUUCGCCUCUGCUUUUUUGAACACUUGGAGGAAUGGUUUGCAGAAUCCUUGUCCAACUCCUAUGUCUUCGUAGCUGCCAAGAAAGAGGAGCUGAAUUUAAUACUUCUGCUGCAUCUUAAGUUGCAUCAACAAAAGCAGGAGGAGAUACAGACAAAUAUCUACAGUGUUCGAGCUGCGGAGCUGUCACUUCACAAAGAGCACCUUGAGUGCCACUGUGCAGUGCUGGCAGAAGUCCUGAAAAAGGAGAAAGAUGAAUUCCUCCGAUUUUCAGACCAGCUCAAUAACCUCAACACAAGCUUUCAUUCCCGAGUCCGUAACUUGGAGUAUGACUUGCUCCACGCUCCUGUGACUGAGCAGUUAGUUUCUUCCAGCAAUAAUCUGGAAUCAGAGCUCCACAACCAUCUGGAAUCAAUCAGGGUUACUGUGAGAAGUUACCAGCAGCACUUGGAGGAAGCUUUAGGAAAAUUAAGGGACUCAAAUGUGGGUUUUCUCAAAAGUUGCAGAUUAUUUUCAGAUGGUGGUGACUUUGCAUCUGAGGAGGUAAAGUUUUUCAACGAGUGUCUUCAGAAAGAAAGUAAGGAAAUUGACUCCUUUGAAAGUUCAAUCAAGGUGGAUGUAGAGAAAAUAAAAUCGAGCUGCUUGGAGCAGGCUACUGACCUUUUCAAGCAGUCUGGAAAAAAGUUUGCUUCUCUGUCUCUGGGUCGAGCCUUUAUGGAGAAGGUCCAUCAAUAUUUGAGAAAGCUACGACAGCAAAUCAAAUCAGAGGUAGCGAAUUCCAAUUUGCAGUCAGUCACAUUAAAGUCUUACCUGGAAAAGCUCCAGCAGAAGAGAGAUGCUUAUGUUCAUUCUACUGCAGAUAAAGAAGUUUUAACUUCUGAAGGGUUGUAUGCUUUUGCCAGAGAGGUGUUGGAAGAGCUGAAAAAGAGGAGCAAGUAUCUUGACUGCUUUGUAGUAAAGGCAGAGAUCCCAUGUGCCACUGAGGCCUUCACCACUGCUGACACAGAUGGGACAUUGCAAGAGCACUUAGCCACUCCCGACGUGGAUGGGAGGUCACAAGAUUUCAUUGCUCCUGCUGUUCCAAAAGAGAGUCUCGGAGAUGAGAGCAAAAGGAUGGUGAUGGGACUGGAUCCUGACAAAUUCCCUUUGUUAAAUCCAAGCGGAAUGGAUACAUCAAUAUUUGAUGAUUUGGCAAUAAAAGUUAUUGGGAAUUUAGCUGGAUUUGACCCAACAAAAAAAUAUCGAGACCUAAAUCGGGGGAAAAAGAAUCCAGUAAAGAAGAGGGUAUCUGAUGCAAAUUCUCAAAAGUCUACUAGCAAGAGGUCAUCUCGGGAUGAAACCAAGCGAAAAAAAAGUGAAAAAGGCAGAAAAUCUCUUACCAAGGAUGAAAGAUCCCAGCUAUUUGGAAAUAAUGCUACAAAGUCUGAUACUUUUAAGGGGAUUAUUAUGGAUAUUCUCUGUAAUGGUAACAACACCUUGCUCUGCCUUGGUGAGGAGUUCUAUGGAGAAAAGAAGAAUCCUUACUUGGGAAUGCUUGAAGAUCUGCCAGACACAUUUGAACAUUGGGCAGAAAUGCUGAGAGUGAAACUACUGUCAUACCAAAGGCAGACAGAUGAUUACUACAAUUUCUGUCUUAGAGAAUUUCGGGAUCAGCUGAAGUGCUUUGAGGAGGAGCUCUCUUCUGUUUCCCAACUGGUCGUGGAAAGUCUUUUAAAAGAACAUGAGCAGAAACUCAGCUCUUUUACUGGUCAUAUUCAGCAUCUCUUCAACAGACAGCUGAAAGAUUGGGAGGAUGUGAAGACUACGCACUGGAGAAAAUUACAUUACUCCCUAGGACACCCAAAUAAUACCCUUCAGCUGGAGGCUUUGUGCCAAGAGGAAAUAAAAAGGCAAAAAGAUCAAACUGAUGGGGUUCACCUCAACACAAAGAUGCUGCAGGAUUGUGCUGCUGAGUGUGCUCAGAGCUUUUAUUCUGCACUGGCUGCCCUCACUGAAAAGCUCCUGUUGGAACUAGAUGAAACCAUCACUGUUGAUGAUGUAAAAGUAGCAGGAACUGAAAUACCUACAGAGAAGAUGCCAACUUUAACGUGUCGUAAACAAACUGAACUUCCUCUAGGAACCUCCAAAGUUCAACAGUUAGUCAAACGAGGAAGGAGGUCUUGGCCGGGAAUACCUGAGACUGUUGUUCCCGACACUCCAGACUAUAUUCUUUGCAGAGGAACUGCAUCAGUUUCAACAGCUACAACUACCCUGGGCCAUCUGGCAGUGGUGGAUGCAAGACAAGCUGCAUAUAAGAAAUACAAAAGUAAAGUUGAACAGCUGUUUGCCCAGAUCAAGGAAGAAAAUGCAGCUCAGCUGCUGGCAAUUCAGCGUUGGAAUGAUUGGUGGAAAGAAUCUGUCUGGAAGAUAAAGCGACUCUACGUCUGA